GAGUCACGGGCUGCACAGGCAGCAAAAUGAGGCAAGUCGUCCGCAACACACCCUGCUUGCCCCUCCAUCGUCGUGAUCGCGAAUCUGCCCACUCAUCGACACGACUGGUCGUGUCGCCAUGCUGAGGCGAAAAAGCACAUCGGCACUUGGCCGAGGGCCAUGGCAGGGCAUGAAACUGCGCUGCAAACCGAGCAGGCUCAUCCCGUAUGUCUCGCUGAUCGGCCCGACGUCAGCUUUCGAAUUCGGGCAAUUCAAGCGGGUAAAAACACCAGGAUGAAGGAUGGAGCGACUGGACGUAAGCCGGGACCGCUGCGACACAUGCCGUCUUACAGCCUUGUGAACCCAUUGCAGAGGUAAACGGUGAAAAGGACCGCUGAUCCUGCUCCCGAGUCCCACUUGAUUGGGUGAGUGUCUGGACCCAGUUGCAGCGUGUCAUCAACCUAGCCCCUCUCCCCAGUGCAUCAUUUUCAUGUAUGUAUGUACCAUAUAUGUAGCGGCUCUUACUCCUAUCCUGAUAUCAUGCAGAAUCGCAGAAUAAGCAGUCGACGCGCACGCGCCUCUGGGUGUGUAUGUAUGCUGGGGCUGCAUGCUGGGCCGGAUUCAUCUGCUCUGCCAAUCCAUCGCUGUGGGUAAGAAGGAAGGAGAACAGGUCCAAGUUGGAGGUCGAUGAAGGGGAGG